GCGCAGCCGCACUGGGGAAGUCGAGUAGGACUGGCGCAAAAGCCUUCUCGUUUUUAGACUAAGCCGUGUGAUCAGCGUUUUGUUCGAUUUUAAAUGAUGGAAUAUGGAAAUUAUAACAGUUGACCACGGCUUUGUGGCUGUGGAGUGUUUACGAGGCAUGGCUUUCGUUUUCAAUUGUUUUUUUCUGUCCUGUGUGAGCAAUGUUUGGGGAAAUCAUGUGAAAUCAACGCAAACUGAGAAUAUCUAUUUGGAUAACAUCACGCGUGUAUUGGAUAGAUUACUAGAUGGAUAUGACAACAGACUGCGACCUGGAUUUGGAGGUCCAGUUACUGAGGUCAAAACAGACAUCUUUGUCACAAGCUUUGGUCCAGUGUCAGAUGUUGAGAUGGAGUACACCAUGGAUGUAUUCUUCCGUCAGACGUGGAUUGACGAGAGGUUGAAAUUCGAGGGCCCCAUCGAGAUUCUGCGGCUCAACAACCUCAUGGUCAGCAAGAUCUGGACACCAGACACAUUCUUCCGGAAUGGCAAGAGGUCCAUCUCUCACAACAUGACCACUCCCAACAAGCUGUUCCGCAUCAUGCAGAACGGAACUAUCCUCUACACUAUGAGAUUGACGAUAAAUGCAGAGUGUCCCAUGAGACUGAUGAACUUCCCCAUGGAUGGCCAUGCCUGUCCUCUCAAGUUUGGUAGCUAUGCCUACCCUAUGAGUGAAAUUGUGUACACAUGGAAAAAAGGACCACUGUUCUCUGUGGAAGUCCCAGAGGAGUCCUCCAGCUUGCUACAGUACGAUCUAAUAGGACAGACAGUGUCCAGUGAGAGGUUAAAAUCCAACACUGGUGAAUAUGUAGUCAUGACUGUUCACUUCCACCUGCAAAGGAAGAUGGGCUUCUUCUUGAUUCAGACAUACAUCCCCUGUAUCAUGACCGUGAUCCUGGCUCAGGUCUCUUUUUGGAUCAAUAAGGAAUCGGUUCCUGCACGAACUGUAUUCGGCAUUACCACAGUGCUUACCAUGACCACACUCAGCAUCAGCGCCCGCCACUCUUUGCCCAAAGUCUCUUACGCCACGGCCAUGGACUGGUUCAUCGCUGUGUGUUUCGCCUUCGUCUUCUCAGCCCUCAUUGAGUUUGCCGCAGUCAACUACUUCUCCACGCUGCAGGCCAACCGGGAGCUCCGCAAGGCGGCCUCCAUUAAGGCAGCCCAGGAGGCAGCAGAGGCCGGGAGGACCGACGGGGAGUCCUCUUCGGAUGCCAGCAGUAUGCUGAAGAAGAGGAUGAACUCCACGCCUCACUUUGAGAGGCCAGCGGAGGUGUUCCCUAACCCUCCAGUGAAUGCCCAGGCCUUCCUCCAGCAAGGCUCAGCUGUGCCGUCCAACAACUUACUGACAGGCACCAGCAUCAUAGACAAGUACUCUCGCAUCCUCUUCCCUCUGUCGUUCGGGGCCUUCAACCUGGUGUACUGGAUCGUCUAUCUCACCAAGGACACCAUGGAGAUGACAAGGGACAGCGUGUGAGCCACCUGCGGGAGUGAACCCCCUCACUGAUCACAUACGCACAUGGACACACACACACACACACAUUUUAUUUUAUGCAGCUUCCAUAAAUAAUUUCUGUGUGUGAGGAUUUGAAGGGCUUUGCCAACUCUUGACCUGGGAGCUCAUGUUCACUCAUAGCUUGGUCUCUCAGUCUAUUUAAGAAAGGUAUUCAAUCUCUUUGUCUCUCGCACAUCCCUCUGUGUCUUCCCCCCUGAAGAGACAAUGCGCAUUUGUACUUCUCUUCCAUGUGUAAUGCCCUUUCCCUGUCGCUGCCUGAAUCCGUGGGUCUUUCCAAGAAGUAGCUGAGUGUCUGCCACAGGUCUGGAGGCAGUGGAGGCUCUUUGUCUGUAUAAAAUGACACACGGCUUGGCACCGUCUGUACUGGACAGUACUGGAACACACCUGAGGGGAGUAAUGUGUACUGACUGACUCUCUCCUCCCAAUUUCAACAUAGCCAUCUUUCUCUAUUUUUCGGUUCAUUGGUUUAUAUUCACUCAUCUCAUGGAACAUAGGGUUCUUAUUGGUUCCUCAACAAUGUUUCCGCAAAAAUGUUUAGGCACUGAGCAAAUCUCAGGUCUGCUGAGUACAAAAUUGAACAUUGUGAGAAUUCUGUGCAAUUUCCAGCACGCGUUUACUGUGAACACUGAGGCUGUACCCACUUUAAGUUACCGUUUUAAAUUAACAGUGGCCAAAUAGGCUACUGUGGCUAUUUGAUCAUAAUGCAGACCUACCAGAGUGGCCUACCAUCAAAAUCUAUGGAGAACAUACAUCCUAUAACAUUUUAACAUGGAAAUAGCUGUUCUAUCGUUUAGCCUACGGUAGAAGCCAAUUUGUGGUGUUCAAUGUAGGCCUACAUUCCAUGAGACUUUUGAAAAAACAUGCAGGGCUUGACAUUAACAUGUUUAUCCACUUGUCCUUCGGACAAGGAGGUGACUGAAAAUGUUGUUCUGUUGUUUGUGGCAAGAAUCCACUUUACAAAAUAAAAUGCAUUAUUAUUACCAUACCAUUAUUACAGAGAAUCAGAUCAAUUAUGCUACAAUCUGCCUAUUGGCUACUUAGCUUAUUCAAGCCUGUCUCAAAAUACAACACAAAAAAAAAGCUCUUUACCUGACUCGCUUUGAUUAUCUUUUGUGCUCUUGUUGGAAACAAUCAUUCCCCUAUUGCUGACUACAAAUGAUCUAUAACUGGGCUAAUAACUCACUAACUAGUAAAGGAUAUGAACAAAAUGUGCACAAGUGGCUACAUGCAGCUCUUGCUUUGAUCUCAAAACAAGCUCAUCUACUCACAACUGCUCAUGCUGUUAACAUAGUCCAGUUCAAUGUAAAUGGCACAGAUCCAUUUAUGGCAAUGGUUUAUUUGCAUAUAGGCCAAAAGCAGCUCUGUUUGGUUAUGCUGCGCUGGUCUGUGUAGUUCAUUUUGUUUCGGCAUGUUGCAUUGAAAGUGGCUAAUAUUGCAUUGAUACGAUCACAACUGCCACAGUAAAGGGAAACGAUAGUGUUAACUAACUGAGAAAACUCUAGAAAGUUGAGAGAAGUUCAAUCUCGUGCUUCUCUCUGUGGGCUGAUAUUUCUUCUUCGUGACAGUCCUGGGGGCGGCGUAGCAGUCCUGGGGG